GAACCUCAGCUGGGAGCUUGAAUCCUCCCUUCCUGGGCUCGUGGCCCCUCUUGCAGCUCCUCCCUCUUGUGCUCCGCCACGAAAUGGCCCCCAGAGGGUUCCAGGAAAGUAGUGACUCCUGCCAGCGAUCCUGCAACUUCCUCGCCCUUUUCACUACUUGUUUCCUUCUGACUCGGAUCAAGUGUCUGCACGAAUCUUCUACUCAGCACUGACCGCUCCGUACUUCUGUCCUACGUUCCCCGUGGUGCUGUGUUCGACCAACCUCAAUCGCUGUCAGCCGCGACAGGCCUACCCCGCAGCCGUUCAAAGACUACGACGUGCGGCUGGAUUCACAUCGCGAGACAGAAUAAGACCUGAAGGAAUACCAAUUUUCCCUCCUCCGACGCUCAUUGCAAAGAUCCUGCCCUCUUUCUCGGUGGCUCAAGUCUCAGAGGAGUUUUAAGACCGUCUGCGCAGGCGCUGGCCUGAACUAUUGCAACCAUGAGUGCAUUCAGUGGUAUGAUGAACAAGCUGCAAGGCCAGCCCGACAGCUACGAUAAGAAAGCAAAGUACCGUUUUGGAAAGACGCUGGGAGCGGGCACAUAUGGAAUCGUCCGCGAGGCCGAAGUCGGUGGAGACAAGGUUGCAGUCAAGAUUAUCCUCAAAAAGAGUGUCAAGGGCAAUGAGCAGAUGGUAUACGACGAGUUGCAGAUGCUGCAGACCCUAAGCCACCCUCACAUCGUUCGGUUCGUGGACUGGUUCGAAUCGAGAGACAAGUUCUACAUUGUGACCCAACUAGCUACUGGUGGAGAGUUGUUCGACCGCAUUUGUGACAAGGGCAAGUUUACGGAGAAAGACGCCUCGCAGACCAUUAAGCAAGUCCUCGAGGCGGUUGACUAUCUUCAUGAACGAAACAUUGUCCACCGAGAUCUCAAGCCAGAGAACCUUCUCUACCUCACCAAAGAUCCUGAUUCCCAACUUGUUCUUGCCGACUUUGGUAUCGCCAAGACACUGGAAGGCCCUGGUGCCGUCCUGACCUCUAUGGCGGGAUCCUUCGGCUAUGCGGCGCCUGAAGUGAUGCUCAAGCAAGGCCAUGGCAAGGCUGUUGACAUGUGGUCAAUGGGAGUCAUCACUUAUACGUUGCUUUGCGGCUAUUCUCCUUUCCGUUCCGAGAACCUUGCAGAUCUCGUGGAUGAAUGCAAGAGUGGUCGAAUCAUAUUCCACGAGCGGUACUGGAAAGAUGUCAGCAAGGACGCGAAAGAAUUCAUCUUGACGCUAUUGCAACCAGAGCCCAAGCGGCGUGCAACGAGUAAAGAGGCUCUCAAGCAUAUCUGGCUGACCGGUGAAACGGCCUCGGAUCAUGAUCUCUUGCCAGAAAUCCGGUCUUACCUGGCGAAGAUGAAGCUGAAGCGUGGUAUCGAGCUUGUCAAACUAGCCAACCGAAUCGACGCCCUCAAGAUGCAGGACGAAGAAGAACCUGGCUCACCAGAUGCAAACGACAUACCCGCCAAUGCACAGAAUGCUGCCGGGCUGGCCGUCAAGAAUCACGUCAGGGGAGUUUCUCCUGGACGAGGUCUUGCCACCAACGAAACUGGCGAGAAGAGACCAUUGAGCAAUGCUGCCAAGAGUGCCAUCUUCCGAGAAGUGGUUCUGGCAAAAGUAAGAGAGAUGAAGGACAAGGAAAAGACGGACAAGCUCGUUGCAGAUAUCACGAAGGAGCAUGAGAGGAGAAAGAGUUUCUCUGGUGCACGGUCUUGACGAAGAUGGCGAUAUUGGCAGGAGGAGAUUCUUGAGCGGGAUGAUCAACCACGCUGGCUGCGACCAGAUUGGUACUGUAUCGACAGGUUGGAACGACAUUGCUAUUCACGGUGGCGCCACAAUACCCUAUUGUCAGUGGUGGUGAUGAUGAUGGCUGUGAGGAUGUUAUUCAUGCGUGACGAUCAGUCCGCUUUGUUUUUUGGUGGCCGAAAGCCGCUUUUUGAGCUGCAAGUUGAACGAUCCAGAGUGACUGCAGGGGCGAACCGUCAAAAUCCAUUGUGCUCACAAGGCAUCAUGUCAAUAUUUCGUAUUCGGACCGCUGGCUGUAAAAAGUAUCAUACCCAUCCACCCAAUGAACCUAACAACGAUCUUCAUCGGGCUGAGAUACGCCGAGUUGUGACCAAGGCGUAAAGGGCGUAUAAUGUAUUGUAACAUUCUCCUCACCCCAAGAAUAUAUGUAUCUAGUUAUGUUACCCUGUUGAGGCAAG